CCUACUAGAAAUCAAACACUUCGGUUUCUGAAGCAAAGAAUGGGAAGAAAAACUAAGGGGAAGCAAAAGAUCGAGAUGAAGAAGGUUGACAACUAUGGUGAUAGGAUGAUUGCGUUCUCAAAACGUAAAGGCGGAAUUUUCAAGAAAUUGAACGAGCUCGUAUCAAUGUGUGACGUCGAAGUUGCUAUGUUGGUUUUCUCUCAAGCCGGAAAGCCGUAUACGUUCGCAUUUCCGUCCAUGAACGAAGUGGCUGCCCGGUUGAAGAACCCUUCGGGACAAGAACUUUUUGCCAAAGGCCAUACGGGACCGCUAGUGGAAGCUUAUAAGAAACAAAGGAUCCAUGACGGCAUAGUUAAAAUGGAGGCACUUGAGGAGGAGCUUGCACUAGAUCUAGAGGAGUUGAAAGAGGUAAAGAAAUCAAGAAAGGAAAAGAAGUUAGACAAAAAGUGGUGGAACAUUCCUGAGGAUGGCUUGAGCAUGAAGGAGAUGCAGCGAAGGCACCAAGCGCUUGUCGACUUACAUGAUAACUUAUGUGAAUUUUUUUACCCACCAAUGGGGAAAGACGGUGGUAGUUCAUCUUCUGGUAGUUUGGGAUGUGACCAUUCUGGUGGUAGCGCAUCUGAUUAAACUAAUAGUUUAGCAUGCAUGGCUCUCUCUCGAUUGAAAAAGAUGGUGAUGGUUCAUUUGCUGGUUGUGCGGGACGUGGACAGUCUGGUGGUGCGUGACUGCGUGUGUCAUGAUCAUUUUUUUUCUUUCUAUUGUCAAUGUCUUAAAAUAAAGGUUUAGUUCGAUGAUUAUUGAUAUGUUUAACAUAUGAAAAUAUUCAUCAACUUCUCUAUAUCUAU